GUAACAAAGACAUCCGUCUGACGCAUCUGUGUGUGUCUAAACGAUUAGAAACAGCGUUGACAGCACGUUGAGUGUGAACGCCCCCAGCGCGCGGGUCAUUCAUCGAGCCCCUGCAGGGUCCAUCCUCUUACAGUGCGUAACCAUGACAACAGCCCCGGAUGGUGGCGCGCGAGGGUAGACAGGUGUUGGGUUGCGCAGAGGAGAGACACCUACGCGAUCGCUCCAUACUCUCCAUGUAUCCUGCCUUCAUCUUGUGCACGCGAGGAUCUGUGUCGGGAGCCACCAUGGUGCAUCACUCUGGAUCCAUACAGUCCUUCAAGCAGCAGAAGGCAGGGAUGAACACCAGUAUAAGUGAGAUUUUGAAGGAGAAAACGCUAAAGUCAUCUCGCCGCAGUUUGCCGUGUCUGGCUCAGAGUCAGACACAUCCUCAGAACCUCAAUCACUUCCUGUCUGUGCCUCUGAGUCCUGAACCCAAAACAUACGCUCACAGCGUCAGUGCCUCCUGCGCACACAUCACACCUCCUUCCACAGACACUAGUCAGGAUGUCUACAUGGAAGAGAAGGAGGUGGAGGAGUUUGAGCCUAAAACGGAUGAAACGUUCCUCGUCCAGCAGAAGCCUGUGUCCAGAGCAAAGCUAGAGUCCCGCACAGACUCCACACAGGGGAACAAUCGAGAAAAGCCCUCAGGAUUGAUGUUUAGAGAUGGGAAGAAGCGCAUUGACUAUAUACUGGUCUAUAAGAAAUCCAGCCCUCAAGUGGAGAAGAGGUGCACGUUUGAGAGGAACCUGCGGGCGGAAGGGCUAAUGCUGGAGAAGGAGCCCUCACUAACAAACAGUGAUAUCCUGUUUGUGAAGAUUCACGCGCCGUGGGACACGCUGUGUAAAUAUGCUGAGCAGAUGAACAUCAGAAUGCCCUUCAGGAAAAAGUGUUACUUCACAGACUGGAAGAAAAAAACUAUGGGCAGUCGAUUUCAGUUGAGAUUUCGUCAGUUGAAGAGCUGGCUGCCCAGAAACCCCAUGAAACUGGAUAAAGAGGCGUUACCAGACCUGGAGGAAAACGACUGCUACACCGCCCCCUUCAGCAGGGCCAGAAUGCACCAUUUUACUAUCAACAACAGAGAGACGUUUUUCUCAAACUCAACCAGAAGCAGGAUAGUACAUCAUGUACUGCAGCGCACAAAGUACGAGGACGGGAAGUCUAAGAUGGGUAUUAAUCGCUUACUUGGCAACAGCACAUAUGAGGCAGCGUUUCCUCCACAUGAGGGAAGUUAUAAAAGCAGACAUCCGAUUAAAACCCAUGGGGCUCAAAACCACAGACACCUUCUGUACGAAAGAUGGGCACGCUGGGGGAUCUGGUACAAAUACCAGCCUCUAGACCUCAUACGGCGGUACUUUGGGGAGAAGAUUGGGUUGUAUUUUGCCUGGUUGGGCUGGUAUACAGGUAUGCUGAUCCCUGCUGCACUAGUCGGCCUCUUUGUCUUCCUCUAUGGGCUUUUCACCAUGGACUCCAGCCAAGUAAGUAAAGAGAUAUGUGAGGCCAACACCACCAUCAUGUGCCCCAUGUGUGAAGGCAACUGCAGCUCUUGGACGCUGAGCGACAGCUGUGUCUAUGCAAAGGUGACCUAUCUUUUUGACAAUGGAGGCACAGUCUUCUUUGCUAUCUUCAUGGCAAUAUGGGCCACAGUGUUCCUUGAGUUCUGGAAGAGGAGAAGGGCGGAGCUAACAUACGACUGGGAUUUGAUUGACUGGGAGGAAGAAGAGUAUAAAUCCUGUGUCAUGGUGUGUUCUGAGGAACUACGUCCCCAGUUUGAAGCCAAAUACUCCCGGAAGGAGAGAGUAAACCCCAUCUCAGGGAAACCAGAGCCCUUCCAGCCCUUCACAGACAAACUCAGCCGACUCAUGGUGUCUGUUUCUGGAAUCUUCUUCAUGAUCUCUCUGGUCCUGACAGCCGUGUUUGCCGUGGUGGUGUUCCGGCUCAUUGCCAUGGAGAAGUUUGCUUCCUUUCAGUGGGAGUUUGUGAAGAAGAACUGGCAAUUCGCCACCUCAGGCACUGGAGUCUGCAUCAACUUCAUGAUCAUCAUGUCUCUGAAUGUGGUCUAUGAGAAAGUGGCCUACCUACUUACAAACCUGGAACACCCACGGACAGAGUCGGAAUGGGAAAACAGCUUUGCCCUCAAAAUGUUCCUCUUCCAGUUCGUCAAUCUCAACAGCUCGACUUUCUACAUCGCUUUCUUUUUAGGAAGGUUUGCUGGCAGGCCGGGUGACUAUAAUAAGCUGUUUAACCGGUGGAGGAUGGAGGAGUGUCAUCCCAGUGGAUGUCUGAUCGACUUGUGCCUACAAAUGGGAGUGAUCAUGGUGUUGAAGCAGAUCUGGAAUAACUUCAUGGAGCUGGGCUACCCACUGCUGCAGAACUGGUGGUCCCGGCGUAAGAUGAAACGAGCAGGAGAGCAGAAUAAAAGUAAAGAAGAGCUGCCGCAGUGGGAUAGAGACUGGAACCUGCAGCCCAUGAACGCACACGGCCUGGUGGACGAGUAUCUGGAGAUGGUUCUACAGUUUGGUUUCACUACAAUCUUUGUGGCGGCAUUUCCUCUGGCUCCACUGCUUGCUCUACUCAACAACAUCAUCGAGAUCCGAUUGGACGCCUACAAGUUUGUCACGCAGUGGAGGAGACCGAUGCCCGCUCGCGCUACUGACAUCGGUAUCUGGCAUGGUGUCCUGGAGGGAAUAGGGGUCGUGGCUGUCAUAACAAAUGCAUUCGUCAUCGCCAUCACUUCGGAUUACAUCCCUCGCUUUGUCUAUGCUUUCAAAUAUGGGCCCUGUGUGGACAAGGGUUACCGGCAUGAGAAAUGUCUAAGAGGAUACUUGAACAACAGUCUGUCUGUUUUUGAUAUGGGUGAAUUUAAAAAUGGGAGUUAUCAUCCUCGAUACUGCAGGUAUCGGGAUUAUAGAGCGCCUCCAUGGAGUCCUGAACCCUAUGAGUUCACCCUGCAGUUCUGGCAUGUUUUGGCUGCCAGACUAGCCUUCAUCAUAGUCUUUGAGCACCUGGUGUUUGGCAUUAAGACCUUCAUAGCCCAUCUGAUUCCAGACAUGCCCAAAGACCUGUGUGAUCGCAUGCGCAGGGAGAAAUACCUGAUGCAGGAGAUGAUGUAUGAGACGGAACUGGAGCACCUGCAGAAAGAGCGGAAAAAGAAUGGCAAACGUUAUCACCAUGAGUGGCCUUAGCCAUGCCUGUCCAUAAAUAUACAAAAAAAUGGCCACUGGAGAACCACAUACACUACCCACAAUAGCACAUAAAGACUUGAGAGCGGUGGACAAGCGUCCUUGAAACAUGCACACCUGCAGCACAUAUGUGAACACGGACAUUCAUAUACAACCGUUCUGCUACCUUGGACAGCUAGCUUUAUUGACUCCAUGCAUGGGCUGCCCACUUUUCAUUGCUGUGACAAACCAGGAAGCGGAUUCAGUGUUUGGGUUCAAAACCUGAUCUCCAGGUGGCCCUUUAGAGCCAAGAGUUGGCAGCUGUACUCUGCACCAAAGAGGUUUUUCUCAAUCACAUGAACCCUACCCGAGACCUCCGAUUAUCCUAUAUUUUCAUCCUGCUGAGUAGUUCUAAAACUUUACUGAUUGACUACUUAAACUUUUGGCUCAUUAGCAAAAAGUGGCUAUGAAAGCAAUUAUGGAUUGGGAUAAAGAAGCUUGAGAAACACUAUACUAAAGAAAGUCAUGAUAGGCGUUUUAUCUAUAAAAAUAUGUAUUGAGGGUAUUGAAUGAACGGUAUUAGUUUGAAAUCACGCGGAAAUUAAAUAAAUUGGAUUUCCGAGAGCACAACUGGAUCCGCCUUCCUUCUUAAUAGUCAACAAACAUCUGUGCUAGAGUACGCUGCAGAACAUGAAGGAGAUUCACGUCCACAAACCACAGCUUUGUCCAUGUGAAGCAUCAUCAACAUUGAGAUCAAUGGAUUACAGUGUUUUCUAACUGUUUUCUAAACUCCAGUGUGUCGGUGGGAAAUAUCAUUCUUUGAACACGCAUCCUUCCCAGCAUGGCCUGCAGUGGCGCUGCUCUUUCAUCUGUGUUCUGUCGUAGUUCUGAAUGGAGCACUGGUGCGGUUGGACUGUUUACUAUGCAGAUGAAGGGUUUUUGGAGUUCUUGUUUUCUGCUUUCCUACUUGUCUGCGUCUCUGUGCGUGGCAGCUAUCAUCCCGCUGUGAAGCAGUUCUCUACCUGGU